UUGCAGAUCUUGACGGCCAGAUCCUCCAGGAAAUGAAGCAUUUCCAGCCUGCCAUGGUUAUCAGUCCACCCAGUUCAACAAAAGUUACUGCCUGUCCACAAAAGUCCACCCUUCGGGGAUCUCGCAGGGUCGACCAACGGAAGACACGACGAAACCCUUGCUCACCACAGACUUCUCAAAAUGAUCGCCCUCAUAAGAUGGCGCAAAGGCGCCAAGAAAAAGCAUCGGGGCAUCCGAAAGCGAGGGUUGAAUGUGGCACAAGGCUCGAACGCGACGCGUCCACGAACACCUCGAACCUGGGGCUGUUUCGUCUGUCCACUUGUGCACAACGCGUGCCUGACUGGUGCAUCUCAGAACGGAUUGGGGUUCAGGGGGGUGUGGAGUGGCUCUUUCGGCAGGGCUAGGUUGGUGAGAGAGUGCCAGGAACACCAUGUCGAUGCGGUUCCUUCGGUAAAAUGAAGAGAGUGUGAAGGCACGAGUCGUUGCGUCUGUGGGCCUCACCAAAAUUAUUGAGCAAUGAUCGCUGAUGAGCCGUGAUCGCUGAUGGAUGGAAGGACGGCAAUCGAUCACAUUAAACCAACACGGUAUUUUCUUGCGGCAGACCACAUCCCCGCAAGGGAUGAAACCACGGAUGACAUCCGGAUUGCUCAGGGCCAGCAAGUUGCAGACC